CAGGUGUGAUAGGGCGAUGGAAGGCAGCCACGUCCAACUGCUGUUCCAUUACUGGGAUUGCUGUCCCUCUCCUUUCUUGACCUAUUCUCACUUCUCAAAUCGCCCCCUUGCAAGCGUAUCUCACCGCUUUUUUAUGCAGAUCCUCAAAUUGCCCUAUUUCGUUUUGUUUCUCUUCCCAAAGACGCGGCGUUGUAGCCUCUCCCGAACGCGCCCUCCCCAGUUCUUACACUUGUACUAGAUAAUGGAUGGGAAGCGCGUCAUAGUCAUAUGCCAGUUGGGUGGUGAGUUUGAGUCUGAUAAGGACGGUUUACUCUCCUACAAAGGUGGGGAAGCUCAUGCUAUGGAAAUUGAUGACCAAAUGAAGUAUGAAGAUUUCAAAGCAGAGGUAGCCGAGAUGUUUAACUCAUGUGUCAAUAACAUGUCUAUAAAAUAUUUCCUCCCUGGCAACAAGAAGACUCUCAUCACCAUCUCCAAUGAAAAGGACCUUAAGCGUAUGAUCCAAUUCCAUUGUGCAUCUGAGUCUGCUGAGAUAUAUGUUAUGAGUGAAGAACCAAUUGCUCCGAGUGUGUCUAUCAUGCCAGGCAGUAGGUCCAGCCAUACAACUCUAUCGGAAUCUUGUGUUCCAGUUGAUGCUCCACGAAGUGUUACGGAGGAUGUUGACGACCCUGACCACCCUGUCCUUCUUCUUGAUGAUGAUGCCUUUGAUAUUGUUGGGGACACAAGCACGACUGCCGAUCCUCCUGAAAUCGAGAUGUCUACUGAAUUGCCUCUCCCUAUUUCUUAUGCUGUUAACUACAAUGAAAAGAAUGUGAGUGCUGCUCAGCAAUGGCAGAAUAGUAUUACAGGUGUAGGCCAAAGGUUCAACACUGUACAUGAAUUUCGUGAAACAUUGCGAAAAUUUGCAAUCGCCAAUCAAUUCGCUUUCAAGUACAAGAAGAAUGAUAGCCAUCGUGUGACUGUGAAAUGCAAAGCGGAUGGCUGUCAAUGGAGAAUUCAUGCUUCAAGGCUGUCAACUACUCAGUUAAUCUGUAUAAAGAAAAUGAAUCCCACCCAUACGUGCGAAGGGUCUGUGGUCACAACAGGUUAUCAGGCAACAAGAAGUUGGGUGGCAAGUAUUGUAAAGGAGAAGCUGAGAGUCUUCCCUAAUUACAAGCCUAAGGAUAUCGUCAAUGACAUCAAAGAGGAAUAUGGGAUUCAACUAAACUAUUUCCAGGCAUGGCGGGGGAAAGAGAUAGCCAAAGAGCAGCUUCAAGGCUCAUACAAGGAGGCAUACAGUCAGUUACCAAUCUUCUUCAGUUACCAAUCUUCUGUGAAAAGGUCAUGGAGUCAAACCCGGGUAGUCUUGCUACAUUCACUACCAAAGAAGAUUCAAGCUUUCAUCGGCUCUUUGUGUCGUUCCAUGCUUCAUUGUUUGGGUUCGAACAAGACUGCACUGUCCAUGUGUCGUGGUAUUACUUUUGUAGCCGAUAGAGAGAAGGGGCUUCAAAAGUCUAUUGCUGAAAUAUUUCAGAAUGAGGAUGUAUACCACGGGUACUGUGUACGAUAUCUAUCUGAACAACUUCUUAGAGAUCUGAAAGAACAGUUCUCUCAUGAAGUUAAGCGUCUCCUAGUCGAUGAUUUAUAUAAAGCUGCUUAUGCCCCGAAGCGCGACAUCUUCCAGAUGUGUGUGGAAAGGAUCAAAAGCAUUUCAGUAGAUGCUUACAACUGGGUUUUUCAAAGCGAUCCUAUCCACUGGUCCAAUGCAUUCUUUCCAGGUGCACGAUAUAACCACAUCGCAUCAAACUUUGGCGAGCUCUUCUAUAACUGGGUAGCAGAUGCACAUGAGUUGCCAAUCACCCAAAUGGUCGAUGCAAUAAGGGGUAAAAUCAUGGAUUUGAUUUAUACCAGAAGGGCGGAAUCCAGCCAGUGGAUGACGAGGCUCACACCAUUUAUGGAGGAAAAGCUAGAGAAGGAGAGCAUUAAAGCUCACUCUCUUCAAGUGAUGAUGUCAACGCGUAAUAAGUUUCAAGUGCAUGGUGGGGAUGCAGUAGAUAGUGUUGACAUUGAUCACUGUGACUGUAGCUGUAAAGAAUGGCAUCUUUCUGGCAUACCUUGCUGCCAUGCUAUAGCUGUCAUUGGGUGCCUCGCCCGUGACCCAUACAACUACUGUGCUAGGUACUUCACAACAGAUAGUUACAGGUUAACUUACUCCGAGUCAGUUCACCCGAUCCCAUGUUCGGAUAGCAAUAGCCUCACACACAAAAACAUUGCUUCUCAAACCGCUGUAACAGUAACCCCUCCCCCAACUCGACGCCCCCCGGGUCGGCCCACCACUAAGAACUGUGGUCCGAAUGAAAGGCGUCAAGUUCAAUGCAGUAGGUGCAAGGGCAUUGGGCACAACAAGUCAUCAUGCAAGGAAGGGGUGGUGUGAUGGAGAGCUAAUUUAUGUGUAGGUAUAUGGCUGGAGGACUUUUACACGCCUUUUUGCAUAUAUCUAUGCGGUCUGGCUUGCUUGCUUGCUUGCUGGAGUCUAUUUACUAGCUGUUGUAAUUUGUACCAUCUUGCACUGUCUUUACAUGUUUUUCUUUGAAGAUUGUACAUUUUGCCUUCUUAUAGAUUGUAAUACUUGAUGCUUUAGAACCUUGAUUGUGGUUGAGAAAUACAGCAAGGUAGGUGACAUUGAUGAUAUCUGGAGAUUUUGGUCAUAUGUCAUGUUAUCAUAAUUGUAAGACCAAAAUCUUCAACUAUCUCAAUUUGAACUUGAACUGUAUAAGAUCAAAUCAUGGAAAUCAAUAAAUUUUAUUAGUUGUA